CAUGAGCAAACUGCAAAGUGGAUCCUGAGCUGCCGUGUGAUUUUCACUGACACACUCACUAUUACCUUGGACAAUGCUGCGAGUAAGGUGUCUGAGAGGAGGUAGCAGGGGGGCCGAGGCUGCCCAUCUGAUCGGAGCCAUGGUUGGUAUUCUGGUGGUUUCAUGUUUUUUUUUUCAGUUACUUCCAAAUUUUUAGUUGUUGUUUUCGAAAAAAAAAAACACAUUUCAGUCAACGUGAAUAAAGAAAAAAGUGUUUGACAUUUUCUUCAUCAGGCUGUCAGUGCUGCGUCUUUUUUCUUUGAAUUAGUUUGAUUUGUUAAUUUGAUUUUUUUUCUUUUUUUUUGCGACAAUACAAAACCUUUUAAAGAAUCCACUCUUAUCGAGUUUUUUUUUCUUUUUGCAAAAACCCUGAUUGUGUCAAUGAGACCUUGGUCCAAGAAUUGAUUUGUUUCUAAAAGCGGAGGGAGGUUUUUUGCUGCGCUCUGAGUGACAGUGAACAGCUGUUUGGCACAGAUGCGCUCCCAAACUCAGAGACACUUGAGCUGCUCCGGAGCCAACAGAGGCCACAGAGUCAGGCCUAUCUGUGCUGAUAACGCUCCUUAAUAACACGUGUACUUUGGCACCAAACAAACUAAAGGCAUUUGAAAAAAGAUACCUGAGGUCACUCAGUCUCUUUUAUCAGCCUGCACCGUUUUACUUUAAUUAGAUUAGCCUUUACAUGUUUCAGCUUCCAGCCAAGUCACACAUUUUAAUGUUUUUAUAGCUCUGAAACAAAAGAAAAGGUAAACACACUUGCAGUUAUGGUUCUACACAGUCAGUUUUGCAUAUUAUAAAUAAAAAAAAGCAAUAUUUAUAAAUUCACAUUAUAUUCUCACUCUAAAUAAUUGGUCUAAUAUGCAUUUAAUUCUUUCCCACUGAGGGCUUUUUACAUUUUUUUCUUUAAGAAAGUCUUUUUCUUCCUUAGCUUGGCCGGGCAGUGACUGGAUGGGUGCAGAGGACCUUCCAGAGCACUUCCAGUGCAGCUGCUGCACACUCCCAGCGUGCAGUUGAAGAGGAACAUGUUACUGAGCCUGUGCAGCAGGAGUGCCCUGUCUGCGCCUACAAUGAAUGGGACCCUCUUGAGGAGGUGAUUGUGGGUCGUGCCGAAAAUGCCCACGUGCCUCCCUUCACUGUGGAAGUGAAAGUAAGCAAAACAAUGGUCAUGCUGUGUGGGUUUCUCAACAGGACUGUAAAAUGAUAUCUGACUUACACUGCUGGACUCUGGAAUUCGCUGCAUGUUGUCAUUUUUAUUUUCUUAACUUCUCUUCAGGCUAACACAUAUGAGAAGUAUUGGCCCUUCUACCAGAAGUAUGGGGGCCAGUCCUUCCCUGCGGACCACUUGAAGAAAGCUGUUGCCGAGAUUGAAGAAAUGUGCAAUAUUCUGCGCCAUGAGGGCGUCACUGUGGCGAGACCAGAACCCAUUGACUGGUCCAUGGAAUAUAAGACUCCAGACUUCUCAUCAUCAGGUAAAGAGAACAAAAGAAACACUAAAGAAAAAAGGAUCACAAUUUAAAUUUAUGUCCACCCAUUUUUGAUGCCCUGUUGUUCCUGCAUUGUGUGUAAAAUUUUGUGUAUAAUGCAAUCAAAAGUGCAAGUUUAUUGAUGUUUACAAUUUUUGCUACUUUAUACUGAACAUAUUCUACUCGUACACAAGCAGUUAAUCAUGUACUUUCUGCUGUGUGUUUGCUGUCAAGCCACCUGCAGUGACACUGCAUCACUCUAUAUCUUAUACACGGCUGUAGUAUGCACUGCUAUAUGACUGCUAAUCCUGUGCUGUUCUUUCAUUUCAGGAAUGUAUGCUGCCAUGCCCAGAGACAUCCUUAUGGUUGUGGGAAACGAGAUUAUUGAGGCUCCAAUGGCCUGGAGGGCUCGCUUCUUUGAGUACAGGGCCUACAGACCCCUGAUCAAGGACUACUUCAGAAGAGGUGCUAAAUGGACCACAGCUCCUAAACCCACCAUGUCAGAUGAUCUGUACGAUCAGGUAAUGUACCCUCCUGAGUUAUUGCUCGACUUUUACUUGCCACUUGUUGACCAAUUUCUCAAUAAUACAAAGUAAAUCCUGCAUUAAAAAUACCAGCUGUACACGACUGAUUGAAUGUUAUGGUACCAUUCAGGACUAUCCCAUCCGUACUGUGGAGGACAGACACAAGCUGGCCGCAGAGGGGAAGUUUGUGACCACAGAGUAUGAGCCCUGUUUCGAUGCUGCAGAUUUCAUCCGAGCUGGAAGGGAUCUUUUUGUCCAGAGGAGUCAGGUAUGAAAACUGUUGCGAUAGCAGCGUGGCUACUGUCUGGAAUAGACGACUCCUUGUCUGAGAGCACAAGGACAAAUUCUCCAUUCUUAUCCAACAAUCUUUUACUCAAACAAUGGUCACAUGCAGAACAACACGCAACGUGCAGAAUGAAAGAUUAGAUAAAGCAACAAUGUGCAAGUGCUGAACUGAUGACAUAACUCACAGAUGUCUUUUUGUUUGUAAAUGACAUUUAAAAAAAAAUAAAAAAUCUGUUUCAGAUACAUGAAAGAAUUAUUCCUUGAAGAUAUGUAGAAUUUGCAUCAUUAGAUAAUACCUGAAACUUUUUGUGAUAUCCUUUUGCAGGUUACAAAUUACAUGGGCAUUGAGUGGAUGCGCCGUCAUCUGGCCCCAGAGUACAAGAUCCACAUAAUCUCAUUCAAGGAUCCCAACCCCAUGCACAUUGAUGCCACUUUCAACAUCAUCGGGCCAGGACUGGUGCUAUCAAACCCUGACCGCCCAUGUCGCCAGGUACUGUUAGAGGACAAGGCUUUCUUUGAGCUCACAUUGUGUCCCAUGCUGCCCUCUUGUGGACUGAGACAGCAGCUUGAUUGAUAACGAAACACAAAGUGCUCUUUGUUCACCCCUGCUCUUUGUCCUUUGACUUUUCCUCUGACCUCAGAUUGACAUGUUCAAGAAGGCCGGCUGGACUAUUGUGAAACCUCCCACACCUCUGAUUCCUGAUAGUGAGUACUCCAGCUAAACUCUUCUUCUCUCACAUGCCCAGACAUUUUUUUUUACUUGAAGGUAAAGGACACUUUUCCUUUCUGUUUAGACCAUCCACUGUGGAUGUCCUCAAAGUGGCUGUCCAUGAAUGUCUUGAUGUUGGAUGAGAAGCGUGUCAUGGUCGACGCCAACGAGAGUACCAUUCACAAGAUGUUUGAGAGUCUUGGUAAAUUCAUACAUUUUAAACAUACUUGAUUAUUUGUAGUCUUUCAAAUAUCAAUUUCGGAUGUGAAAUUUUGAAAUGUGAAAUGUUUUCACUGUGUAAAGAUUUGUACAUUUGUUUGUGUUGCAGGUAUUAAGACCAUAAAGGUGAGCAUCCGCCAUGCCAACUCCCUGGGUGGUGGCUUCCACUGUUGGACAACCGAUGUCCGCCGCCGUGGUACCCUACAGUCCUACUUCCACUAGCCAUGCCAGAAAUAGGCAGUUUUUAUUGAGCUUUGGAGAUUAAAGCCUCAGUCCCAAAUCUUUACAUAACUAUAAUUGUUGAAUCUGUUUUGUCAGUCGAUUGUGUAUGUAGACACAGGUUAAUGAAGGCUGGAGCUUUGUGAUGCCAAAUCCUACUGUUGGAAAUUUUAAAAAAACUUUUCUUAGACAGUACACACAUUUGAAAUCUGGGUGUCAGACAUCACCUGAAUCCUGUUCUGGAUGGGGUCUCACCACCUGAAAUGAACAUGUUUGAAUAGUUUUGAAUUGACACUGCUGUGCAUCAGAGUGCCUUUGCAAACAGCUUUGUUCUUGAUUUUUACGCUUGAUAGCAACAAAUGAACAUCACUUCAAUCAGUAAUCUCAAUAUUAACUGCAUUUCUGGCCUGGCUAUUGUGAAGCUGUUCAUGGCUUCUUCAUCUAAAAGCCAGAACGUUUGAGGACAAGGUACAAUUUGGUAUGAGAGUCACCUAACAAAAGGGCACACGGGGGUUAAACUACCUCCUCAUGAAAAGUCAGAAACCACAAUUCUCUUCUUUCCAAACUAUUUUUUUACUUAAAGAAAUGUAUUAAAAAGUUGUUACGUAGGUCAUUAAACAAGAUUAAUUUCUUAUUUCUACUAGUAUUUUAUUUUGUAAAGCUUUAAUUGAUUUAACAGCAAAAGAUCUAUUUAUAUUUUUCAUACUCUUUAUUGGAUUUCCCGACAAUUAGUGUUUUUAUAUAUUUACUUAAAAAGUAUGCGGUCCAUAUCAGAUAUUGUCUACCUUUUGCCUCUGCUGUUGUCUCCGAUUGCAAACUGGGCCAGUUAUAUGCUACUAGUCAUUCUCUCUGAACUGCAUGGCUGCUUUUUGAGUGUAAAGCAAAGACGCCUAAAGAAUGAACCAUGUUUUGUUGUGAUGUUUUGUGUUAUGCAACAUUAUUAAAUAUAAUUCAAAAAAGGAGUUUCAUUUUUGUGAUUGGGUGCUUGGUUUUUGAUACAUCAUUUAUUAUAUUGAAGGCAUUUGUCUUAGUUAUUAGCGCCAUAUGGCAGCACUGCAUGUCCUUACUCUUAAUCAGGUAUCUAGCAGUGCAAAUCAAGAGUGGUGAAGGAUUAACACGAGGGGGAAAAAUUUAUUAACAUUUUCAGGAAAGAUUACUUUUGGGGGACUUGGUAGAUGAAGUAGUUAGGAGUUAGUAGUUAUGAGUAAUCAGCAUUGUAGUUUCUUAAAAUCAGACCUUCUUAGAUACCGAUUGGUAAUUUUAUCAUUACGGUUGCAUUAUUUUUCACAAGGUGAUCAUAUUUUAGCUGGAACUUUUAAUCUAAUAGGUACUGGGGUGAUUGAAGUUCUUCAGUUUAUGUGGUGGAGGAUAAAUUACAGUGUUAAGUAAAACUAUUUAAAAAGCACGUGUAGAAUUCAGUUCGAUACAGUCAAUACUCUGCUAAAGCAACAUUAAAUGUAACCUUAAGAUCUGCAAAGUUUUAUAUCCUUCAUUUGGUCCCAUAAAGAAAAUCAAUAUGGGUCACCUGAAACAGUGAAACCUGUUCACCUGCCGGAUAAAAAGCUCCACAUCUACUGUAACACCUUUAUAUCAUCAAACAUUAACCUGGCUGAUGUGUCAGUCAGAUGAGUAUUACAUCAUGUUAUUAUGUAAACCAAAGGCAAGCGCAAUAAUCACACUGCUGUUCAAACAAGAACUGCACUUCACCUGUAUAUAUUCUCAAAAAACUGCAUCAUUUAGUCACUCUCUUCUUUCUCACACUGGCUGGGUCACUUUUAGAGUUACAGGUACAUUUUUCCCCCCUUUUUCAUGCUGUAUUUAUGUUUUUAUGAACCUCUUUGCUAUGUUUAUUACUGGUGUGCUCUAGAUACCACAGGAUCAGAUCCAGAUUCUACAUAGUCUGUGUUUUAAUUUAUCAGGAUCCCAAUCUGUUGUUCAUUUAAUAAUAAUCAAUAUUGUAGAAACUAAGCAUGAAAGUGUUGCAGCUUCAGUAUUGCUGCAAAGACAUGUCUGUGUUCUGCUGCCACUUAGUGGUGAAAAUUGAUAGUUGUCCACCAAAGUUUGUUUUAAACAGCUGUUUUAAGAAAAAUAUUUGUAUUUAAUUUAAUUUCAACGUAUUGGAUUGUCGCAACAUUUCCACAGUGCAAGCAUUCCCUCCAAACGUCUGUUUUCAGCCCAAAAUCCCAUCUAAACAAAACAUGUUUUGCUUUGCUUGCUGACUCUAUGCAUAUAUAGCACAGUAUUGCAGAACUGCACUUGCACAAUCUUUUAACAUUUUACCUAAAUCUGUUUAGUACAGCUCACAUUUUAAAGCACACUUCAUCCUAAAAGAUUUACUAUCUUCUGAAGUGUGACCAAUGCUGGAAACUUAAGAGGACCAUCUGAAAGCAAUGGAUAUGCCCGUCUGCUCCCUUUAUGGAUAAAUCAAAUUCUCAGCCAUCCUUUGUCAUAUUUACUUGACAUUAAGUCACUUCCCUCUCCAGCUGUUCAGCCAUACCUCAUUUUUCCUUGUGUCCUCUGUAUAUAGUCCUCUGCAGAUUGAUUGCUUGUUUGUACAGCUGCCUAAUUGAGCAACACUGCAGCGGCUUCAACAACUGUCUCCAAACAGAAGAACUGAUUGGGAUCUGGAAAUGAUCAGGCUUCGGUGGCUGCAGGAAAGUGAAGGCAUCGUCUCAUGUUCUCAUGAACCCUGGAUGGUUUUAUCAUCUAAAUAAAGUCCAGAAAAGUCAGCCGAGGAGGAUCAGUGUGUUUAAAUCAUUAGUAAGGCCGUACAGAAUAUCAAUAGACUGUGCAAAAAAUUCACUGCAUAGAUGGUUGGGUUAUCUCUGAUCAGAAGACGAUCACCGACACCCUUUGGCUUAUCUUUCAUCCACAAGGAGGAUGACCCAGAAAUGAUCAUAGCUCAAAAGGCUGUCUGUUCUCUGGAUGCUAUAUCAAAGUUUAUUUAUGCAAAGUUGAUUGGAAGGGAAGAGUAUGGAGGGAGAAGAUGCACAAGCAAUGGGGAUGGGGAUGAUCGCGUGGUCAAAUAAAAUCCUUUCAUGAACUUGGAAGAGCUUAACAAAGAGUAGACUGUUGCAUUUCAACUAUCAAGCAAUUUCUAAAGCAGACAGCAUCAGGGGCUUCAUUUUAUUUGCAUUUUAUUUUAGAAAUAAGGAUUUAGAUUUAAAGACUUUUCCAGCAGGACUCAGCACCUCCCCACAGCGCCAAAACUCCUACCGAAUGAUUUACUGAUUAUGAUAGUGCUUGAUAGUUUGAUUGGCCAGUCAACUCCCCUGAAUCUGAACCCCAUAUGAAAUCUAAAGUGUAUUUGUCAACAACACGAUGAGACACCCAAUCAUAAAAUAGAAAUGAGCCAAAGAUCACUACUAAUGACCAACUAUCAGCCAGGGCCUCAGUUUCUGUAUUUAAUAUCCACUUUUGAUUGAUUCAGACAAUGUGAGAUUCUGGAUUUCUGAAUGACUUAUUUUCACAUAUAUGACAUGAAUAUAAAACCUUUGAAUUUUUGCCAUUUGGGUUAAAUGAGUUCAACAUUAUCUGUAUCUGUAUUUGUCCAACAUACACAGUAACUUAACUGUGCUAAAACAGAAAGAGGAUGUACUCAAAAUUUAAAUAAAACAAACUGUCUACUGUCUAAGUGUAAACUCCUCUGAUUUUAAGUAAAGCAACCACAAGGUGGCUGCAGUCUCAUAGGGCAUCAUACGUAAAAAUAAUACUACAUAAAGCAUUUUUGAAGAACACGUGUCUGUAGUCAUACUGAUACUUGUUUUAUUCUUUAUCUGUUUGUGAUUGCAUUCCUAUAAAAAGAAGGAGAGCACAAUGCGAACCAGGUCAGCAGGGCAUUAGGUGUCCUGACUUUAAGGCGUUGUUUCAAUCAAGCUCCAAAAACAUGAAAUCCCAUGUUUUCUGAAAUAUACAAUCAAAGUAAAGAAAAGCUUCUGCUUGUGUAUUCAUGCCUAGAAAAUGUCCUUUUAAACCCAUCCAGCCACUAAAUAAAGGCUCUUUAUGAUGAGUUUGAGCACUCGAGGCCUCCGGGAGUUGAAAAAAAGUCAGAGAUUUGAUAUUUUUCACGGCCUUUACAGACUAAAAAGAGCUCUUUAUGAGUUAAGUCUAUCGGGUUCAUCUAUGAUUUGUUCAUUAUAGCGAGGUGUAUGUCUUCAUAAUCAUUUGGACACUUAGCCAGAAAAUGAACCCAGUUUCCAAAAUAAAAAAACAAAACAUAUACAAAAUACAUAGAAAUGUGAAUAUUUUUGCUUGUGAAUUAAUGGGAAUUGUAAUACACAUUUCAUCUUCUGUAGUUCAUUGGAACUAUUUAUGAUUUGGUACAAUUAGACACAAUUAGACACAUUGCUGCAUGAAUACAGCAAUGUGUCACAGGCUCAGAGCAGAGAGGAUCCUCUCUCUGUGAGCCCAGAGAGCGCGGCUGGAUUGACGUCAGCAAGGUUUCAUGCUCCGGCUUUAAUUUAACGCUUUGAACAAGUUGUACUUUAACUAGUCGACUGUAACUGGAAUGACAGUUCUGCACUGGAUCAUGGCCAAGAACUGUGUGUUUAACAGUAGAUACUAGGAGCACAAUGUGUGCAGACAAUACAUUAUACAAAGCAUGUCAGCAGCACACUGGAAAAAAAAGGUCCAGGUUUUCUUUGUUGUGUCUG